AUGAUGUCCGGCCCAUCAUCCCUGCGCUCAAUGGCCUCGUGCUGGACGUCACUCACCCAGUCCCUCAAGAUCCCCACCCUCCUCAAGCCCACGCUCCUCCCCACAACCUUCACCCGGAACUUCAUCGUCGCCCCCAAGCGCGAAAAGCGACGCAUAAAGAUCCACCCGCCCAUCAAAGGCCCCCCCAAGAGCCCGCUGCAGGCUCUGACCACCCAGGCCCUGCAGACGCUCGACCCCAACGGCACACGCCAAAAGAUGUUCUCGCGCCACAACAAGGACAGCAUCCGUCCUGGCGACAUCGUCCAAGUGCGGCGCCGCAACGGCGAUCCCUUCUCUGGCGUGCUUCUCAACAUCCGCCGGCGCGGCGUCGACAGCGCUUUUCUGCUGAGGGACCACCUGACGAGGGUGGGUGUGGAGAUGUGGUUCAAGCUGUACAGCCCCGCGAUUGAGGAUAUCGAUUUGGUGCAGAGGAAGGCCAAGAGGGCGAGAAGGGCGAAGUUGUACUACAUGAGGCAGCCGAAACAUGACUUUGGGUCUGUGGCGAAUGUGGUCAAGGAGUACACGAGGCGUGUUAGGCCGACACAGAGGCAGAGGAAGUAG